UCCACCAGGACCGAUCUCACGUGUGCACCGCUGUCAAUCAGUCCACGCAGUCAUGAUGAGUGUCUUUCACAGGUGAUAUCUAUUAGCUUACCUCAUAUGCCGUCAGGUGCCGCCUCCGUGGACCAUCGACCCGUUUCCGUCCUGCGAGAGAGAUUUUUUUGCGGUGAUUUUGGCGAGCUGCAGUCAGCUUUGCAGAUGCUAUGUUCGAGCAGUGAGCAUGGCGGAAAAUCAUCUGGAGUACGGCUACCUGGAGGGCGAGUCCAUCGUGGAGCAUUUCACCGAGGAUCCGGAGCUAAUGGCCAUCAAAGCCAGGGUUCAGGAGCUGGAGAUGGAAGAAGAGACCGAAAGACUGAAGGAGGAGGAGGAGAGGUGUGACACGGUGGAGAUGCAGCUCCUGACCAGCAGCCCUCGGCCUGGACCUUUCUACAAUAUGACUCCAGAGGAGAGGAUAGACGCAGACAACAGAUCUGUCUAUGUGGGAAAUGUAGACUAUGGAGCCACUGCAGAUGAGCUGGAGAUCCAUUUCAAUGGCUGCGGGCCUGUCAACAGAGUCACCAUCCUGUGCGACAGGUUCUCCGGUCAUCCCAAGGGCUUUGCUUACAUCGAGUUCUCUGACCGGGACUCCGUGCAGAGCGCUAUUGGUUUACAUGAGACGUUGUUCAGAGGAAGAGUCCUCAAGGUAAUGCCGAAGAGGACCAACAUGCCAGGUAUCAGCACCACAGACAGGGGGGGACACAGGGGGGGUCACUCCAGAGGCAGAGGCCGCGGUUUCCGUCCUCCCCGAUACCACAACAGCUCUCAAGGUAGAUUCCGUUACCAGUCGACGAGGCCGCAGCAUCAGACGCCCCACCCUUACUACGGAGGACCCUCGGUGGGCAAGAGACAGUGGGGACACAUGGACUACCACGAACAGAUGCCUAAACGUUACCCGUGUCUUCUCCUCAUCACGCCACCAUCAGAGGAGCUGGGGGCGGGGUCGAGCGGACAGCACUACCCUCAGCAGCGCUAGCUGUAACCAUGCGAUGCACACCACGUGGGUGGAUAGAAGUUAGAAUUUUAAAUUAUGCUUUCAGUUUUUUUUUUUGUUUUUUUUUUGAGUUGAAUCUCACAUGAGGGACGCAGAAUUGAUACAUUGUAAGCGCUCCAUCAGUCUUUCAUAAAGGUGAGAUGUGAAGAAUACAGACUGAGGCCAGAGGUGUUGCAUUAUAAGCUUAUGUUGCUGUAAAUGCAUGGGACAAUCCUCAAAUUGUUAUGCAGUUGUAUCUGUUUUUACAAAUGGAUGUGAAUGUUUAUUGUCUCUGCCUGCAAAUGUGUAAAUCCUCCCUGUGUAUGACUUAAGUUCUUUGUUAUGUAAGUGAAUAAAUAAAAACUAUGAUCCGGUG